GAGGAGGAGGAGAAGGAGAAGGAGGAGAGUCGCAUCCAGAGGUCCACAGAGGAGUGAAGAUGCUCUGCGCUGUAGAUCAAAUAUGAAAUAAUGAAAUUUGACGGCUCCACGCCGACUGCCGGAGAGAUGCCUCGCACAUAUUGGCGGUUACCCUCUAUAUCAGUAGCAGGAUGACCUGUCAGGUGCUACGUGCGUCUCGGUCCUCUUCAGGAGCAGCACGCGGUGUUGCGUCUGUGUGUCAACUCAGAGGAAAUGCCAUCUCACCUAAGUGAUCUAUCCUCUUCCCUGGGAUUUAAUAUUCCUCCGCAGGUCGGAUCGCCUCGCCUUGUGUUUCCGCGGCCACUGAUUGAAUGGCUGUCAUGACUUGUGCCCUCAGGACUGUAAAGCUACGAAAGCAGGAUGAAAAACCCUCGUUUGGUGUAAAUGCGUCCUUUCGACCUCUCAGUAAUUACACCCGGUAAUUAAGACUGGGAAUCUCGGUGAAAAUCUACCGAUUAAACAAUGGAAAUACCUCCAGUAUAUCGACAUAAAGGACAAAGACGUUUCCUGGCUGUGAAUUUAUUUAAACGUUGCCAUGGGGAAGAGUUUGGGCUGAAACACAGGGAGAUUUGACAACACAGUGGAAGAGAUAGACAGAGAGCCUCGAGGUGCAGACAUGGUGAUCACUGACAGAAACACCGGUACCCCUGUACCUAAAAAGGAGCCCCAGAAGAAGACGAGGAGGAAGUCUCGCCCUCAUGGCCUGCCCUCUCCGGCACUCUGCUGUGCCUGUGGCCUAUGCAUCAUGCUGGCCGGACUGAACAUCACCCUGGUGGGAGCGUUCGCCUUCAGCACACUGGUGCCUUCUGCCAACCCUCCAAUCAUCAUCGGACCUAUCCUACUGCUGGUGGCCUUUUCCUUUUUUGGGGCCUGUUGUGUGUGCAGCCGCCUCCCCCCUCCCCACAGCUCACGGAGGUCUAAGGUGGGCGGCAGGGGCUCGGGGCUAAUGGGACAUGGCGGGCUGGCCGGUGGGGCAGCGUUUGAAAUAGAGACCAGCGAGCACACGCUGCAGGAUACUACAGCCGUGCAGCUGAGCCCCACAUCCUCCCCUGGAUCAUCCCAGGCGUCCAGCCCAGAAAAGGAGGCUCCUGAUGCGGCCCUGUCAGGACCCUGCAAGCUCUUCACCAUGGAGACCAACGGCCCUUCUUCUGUUUCAGCCACCGCAGUCUACUCUGCCUCCACAGCAGCAGGAGGGGAGGUGAGGCUCAACCUGCCACGUGAAGAAAUGGUCACCUAGCAGCACAGAAACUCUUCCAAGGCUGGAGUGCAGGCAGUGUAAAUAUCCGUCUGGGGUUAGGGCUUGCUGAGUGUGAUUAUGUCCUCUAGUUUAGUGCCAUAUUUCUGGUCGUGACAAGUUGUCCACAGUAUGCUUUUGAUUUCCUUGCUGUGCAGCCAACUGGUAAUUAGCAUGCAAAGUUAAUGAAACAUCAUAGGUUUUGGAAUUCAAAUUCCUACCUCACUAGUGCUGUUUUCCUACAGGUCUUUGUUUUUAAUGUGGGGGCAUUAUGAAGAGUUUCCAUGAAGAAAUCAAACCACAAACAUUUCUCUCUUUCACUGUUACUCUGGUUUGUGGUAAACUCACCUGUCAGUAGUGAUUUGAGAGGGCUCGCCUGCAGAAUGUGAUUGUUGAUUUGUUCUUAAAAGAGUAGAUGUGAAAGGUCAAUAGUGAAAACCUGAGUUGAACUGUACAGGUACGUUUGUAGUGACAUUUGGUAUUUUGUGUGCCAUUCUCAGUGCUGAACUUGUUUUUGGGGCACAACAUAUUAUAGGUCACAGGGGUCCCAAAGCAAUAUCCUGUCAAUUCAAUUUGUGGCAUUUACAGUUCUUACAGUUCUUGAUUACUCACUACUUGCCUACAGCCAAUACGUUUGUAAUGGGAAAUGGUGCAUAUAGACCAGUGUGUUACAGUAUAUUUACUUGUAACUGUGUACAAUGUGUGUAAGCAUUAUUCCUUUAGUUUGACAAAGGUCUGUCAUCACACUAACAUUAACAAUGUGAAUAUAAUCUUUCUCACCGCAUUCACAACAGUUUCUGAUUUCAGAUGGUAGUCGUAACUCAAAUCACAGUUUUAAGUUCAUGUUCACCAUAAUAUCUUCAGUAAUUCAUAUACAGUGUAAUGCGGUUUAGGUCAUGAUCCAGGUAGAACAGUGACUUACCUCACUUUAGGGCAUAAAAAAGUGUCAUAAUGAUGAUUUUUGUCACCAUGAAUUUGAAUUGAAUGAAUUUGAAUUUGAGUUCAUGUUUUACAAAUGUGAGCAUGUACUGAAUUCUCAUUUUAAUGUCUGAUAUGACAAACUUUAACUUCAUAUUCAGCAGAGGUUAACCUUCACUGGACCUAGUAAACACAAUAUGAGCAAGCCAAGACGUCUGACAGAUAUUCAGAUUGCAUAAAACAAAGUAUCUGUUCCCCAUCACUGUGAUGUCUUUUUGUCAGUUAUGAACUUGACUGGUCAAAAGAGACAUUCAAAGCCUGAUUUCCUUUGAAAGGAAAGUUGCCUUAGACUGAGAUAUCAGGAUCAAACUAAUGAGGGCUAAUAAAAGUGCACAAUAGCAUUUUUCUUUAGAAGGCCUUUGUUUGGCUCUGGAUUUCUAUUCCACACUGUUUGGAAAGCCUCACCAAGUUUUUGUUUUUUGUGGAUGUAACAAAUGCAUGCAAAUUGUUUAAAUGUUCCAUCCCAGAAAUGCAUAAAGGUACAUAGUCCAGUGACCAGAGGAUUCCCUUAUACUGUAUUAACCUUCAUUAUUUGUGACAGUGCUCCUCAAAGGGAUCAGUUUUUCUGUCAAAGCUCUCUCUCUCUCUCUCUCUCUCUCUCUCUCUUGCCAAAUUAGAGUGCUGAGCUUAUUUUUGCAUGUUUAGAGAACUGACUCAUGGAAACGCAAACACCCUGUUGUGAAGUGUUGGUGUUACCGUAUCUGUGUACUUUCAUUUGUGUAGCACAAAAAUCUGUAAAGGCUAGAUUAUUUUUGUGAAGAUUAUUAUUUGUUUACUUUGAAAGUAACCAAAUGUGAAUCCUUCAAAAUAUAUAAAUAAAAAAGGAGCACAUGAGGUUGCUCAAUAUGUAUGCGUGGCAUGACACCAUGUUCUUGCUACAUUGCAUUUUGUGUCAUCAUGAAGUGAAAUGAAUAAAAAUGAC